AUGGCUCGGCGCCCGUCCCUGCUGCUACCGCUACUGCUGCGGGUGCCUCUGCUGCUGCCACUGCUGGUCAGCUCGGCAGCCGGGCCCGGCACGCGGCUGCUGAUCCUGCACCCGCUGUACCCGGGCAGUCAUGAGCUCGUGCUGCGCUCUCUCGGCGAGCGCCUGGCCGCCGAGCACGGCUUCAAUGUGACGCAGGUGCGCUGGCUGUCGGACCGCUCGCCGCCCGUGCCGGCCAACAGCUCCGUCGAGGUCCUCACCCGCACCGUGGAAGGUUCAGCGCUCACCGGCGGGCUCGUGGACGAGGCCGGCCGCUUCCUGGUGCCCGGCGCCCACCUGUGGCGACGCGCCACCUUCCCCGCCGCGUUCGUCGCCACGCUGGGCCCGCACUGCGCCGACCUGCUCGGCGACCGGCGGCUGCUGGCGCGGCUGCGGCGGCGGCGCUUCGACGUGGCGCUCGUCGACUUCGUCUGCAACGAGUGCGGUCUGCUGCUGGCGGCGGCGCUCCGCCUGCCGACGGUCGGCUUCUGGGGCAUGCGCUUCGCCGGGCCCGACAUCGUGCCCACCCAGGCGCUGAACCUGCCGGCGGUGACGCCCACCGCCUUCUCGGGCCUGCCGCCCGUGAUGACGUUCGUCCAGCGGCUCCGCAACGCCGCGCAGGUGGUCGCCGACCGGCUGCUGGCGACGCUGCGCGGCGGCAUCCCGGCGCGGCCGCUGUCCGACGAGCUGGAGCGGUUCAUGCAGAGCUCAGGCGAGCACGGCGUCGUGCUCUUCAGCUUGGGCAUGACGGCGUUCGACCCGGACGCCGUGCCGCAGCAGUUCGUCGACGCCUUCGUCAGCGCGUUCUCCCGGCUGAGGCAGAAGGUUCUGAUGCGGUUCAGCGCCGCUCGGGUGGCCCAAAUUCCCUCCAACGUCAAGAUCGUCGACUGGUUGCCGCAGGUGGACGUCCUCGGCCACCCGAAGACCCGGGCUUUCGUGACCCAAUGCGGCAUCGGCAGCGCCAUGGAGGCGGUCUACAACGGCGUGCCGAUGCUGGCCGUGCCGAUCUUCGUCGACCAGCACGAGAACGCCCUCUUCCUGCAGCACCGCGGCCUCGCAAUCGCCGUCGAUCGCUUCAACAUCAGCACCAGCCUGCUGGAGACGUCGCUGCAGAGGCUGCUGUACACGCCGUCCUUCCGCCUCAAGACCAGGCGAGCCGCUGCCAUGUGGAGCAGGGAUCCCUCGGCGGCCACCGAGCGGGCUGCCUACUGGCUUCAGCUGGCAGCUGGCUUCGGCAGCCUCGAACCGUUUCACCUGAUGGACGGCCACCUCAGCUGGGCGCAGUUCUGGCUGUUGGACGUGGUCGCAGUGGUGGCCGUUGCUAUGGUGACGGCGCUUGUCGGCCUGUGCUUCUGCUGCCGGCGGUGUUGCAGGCGGCGAGCGAUGGGAACGUACACGAAGGGCAUUGGCAAGAAAGCCAAUAGUUAA